AUGAGCCAACCAAUUUCAAAUGACAAUCCUCACCAAGUCAAUGAUGGAAUCAACAACAAAGCGACAGUCACAGAAAAUGCUCUCCAAGGAAACCCCGAGAUACAACAAACCCACCAGUCUUUGACCAUUGACUUUGAAGAAAACGACCCCGGGAACCCACUAAACUGGCCCAGAUCAAAAAAAUGGACCAUAACACUUGUUGUCUCUCUUUCCGUGUUUCUAAUGCCACUAUCUUCUUCAAUUGUCGCACCCGAGUUGAGCACCAUCAAAGACGAACUGCACAUGGGCAGCUCACUGGAAGCAGUCCUGGUCCUCUCAACCUUCGUCCUAACCUACUGUCUUGGCCCUCUGAUACUAGGCCCAUUGAGCGAGAUAUUUGGAAGAGCCGCAGUCUUGCAUGCGGGGAAUUCAUUCUAUCUGAUCUUCAACCUAGUGUGUGGGUUUGCUCGAAAUAAAGGCGAAUUACUCGCUUCUCGUUUACUCAGUGGCAUUGGAGGCGCGGGCGGACUUGUUGUGGGCGCUGGUAUCAUUAGCGACUGCUUUCCCAAAGAAGAGCGCGGCUGGGUCAUUGCCAUCUACAAUCUUGGGCCUGUCUUUGGACCUUCUCUGGGGGCUGUCGUUGGAGGGUUCAUCACCCAAUACACAACAUGGCGUUGGGCAUUCUGGGCGACGUCUAUCUUUGAUGGAGGCUUGAUCGUGCUUGGUUUGCUUGUUAUGGAGGAGACUUAUCCGCCUGUCAUCCUCGCGAGGAGAAAGGCAAAGAUGUCGAAAACGGCUGUGAUAAACAAUACUCUAUUAAAGACACCUUAUGAGAAACCAGACCAGACUGUCGGUCAAUUAUACCGCAACUCUCUUCUCCGACCGCUGCAGCUCUUGAGAGUCCAGCCCAUCGUCCAGAUCCUAGCUAUCUUCUACGCCUAUCUAUACGGGCUAAUGUACCUAGUACUCUCGACCUUCACGACUCUCUGGGAAGAGAAAUAUCACCAGCCCACCGGCCCAGCUAGUCUAAACUACCUCGCACUGGGAAUUGGAUACUUCUUCGGCUCACAGAUAUGCGGGUUUCUCGCGGACCCAAUUUACAGAGCCCUGAAGAAGAAGCAUGGUGGAAAUGGCAAACCAGAAUUCAGAGUAGUUCUCAUGUUCCCGGCCUCGAUCCUCGCCCCGGUCGGUUUGCUGUGGUACGGAUGGGGAGCACAGGCCGUCACGCAUUGGAUUGUACCUGAUCUUGGCAUCGCCCUAUUCGCUUGCGCUGCGAUGAUUCUGUUCCAGUGUACCAGUGCAUAUCUGUAUGAGGCUUUUACUUUGUAUGCGGCGAGUGCGACAGGUGCUGUUUACAUUCUUCGUGGAUUGACGGGGUUCGGAUUUCCUCUUUUCGGUCCGAGUAUGUAUCAGUCAUUGGGUUAUGGGUGGGGGACUACCAUGCUUGCUCUUGUUGCUGUUGUUAUGGGCUGUCCGGUGCCUGUUGUCCUUUGGAGAUAUGGUGAACGACUGAGAGCUCGAAGUAGUUAUGCUACUGGCUACCAAACGGAGAUCUACGGGAAGGGUGCCCUAAUGGGCAUCCUGCCCGGUGUGACUACCGACCCCCGCAAGCUAGAGGAGCAAGCUCGAGAGUCUCUAGGCGUUCGCGCAUUCAAUUAUGUCGCCGGCGGAGCAGGCGAGAAAGCGACAAUGGAUAGUAACCGGCUGGCAUUCCGGCAGUGGAAGCUAAUCCCACGGAUGAUGCGAAAUACCCCUGAGCAAGAUGUUUCGGUCGAGCUCUUCGGUCAGAAAUACGACAAUCCCCUUAUCAUGGCACCGGUCGGCGUACAGGGUAUCUUCCAUGAAGACAAAGAGACAGGCCUUGCAGAAGUAUGCGAGGAAGUCGGGGUGCCGUAUACGAUGAGCACGGCGAGCACAAGCUCGAUUGAAGAUGUUGCGACCGCCAACAAGGACGGGAAGCGAUGGUAUCAGCUGUACUGGCCGAGGGACAACAAUGUUACGUUGUCGCUGCUAAAGCGAGCAAAAGAGAACGGGUUCUCGGUUCUAGUUGUUACCUUGGAUACCUGGUCCCUGGCGUGGCGACCGGCGGAUUUGGAUAAUGCUUACGUACCCUUUAUCAAGGGGGUAGGGAACCAGGUCGGGUUCAGCGAUCCUGUUUUCCGCGCGAAGUUCGAGAAGGAGACUGGAUCAAAAGUUGAGGAUGAUAUCAUUGGUGCUUCGCGUGCGUGGAUCAGUGAUAUUUUCGCUGGGAGUCCACAUUCGUGGGAGGAUUUGGCUUUCUUGCGGAAGAAUUGGGAUGGGCCGAUUGUGUUGAAGGGAAUUCAACAUGUGGAGGAUGCGAGGCUGGCGCUGAGAUAUGGGUGUGAUGGGAUUGUGGUAUCAAAUCACGGUGGCCGUCAAGUGGAUGGUGCAAUCGGGUCUCUAGACGUUCUUCCGGAGAUAGUCGAUGCAGUCGGGGACAAGAUGACGGUACUUUUCGAUUCCGGAAUUCGGACGGGUUCGGAUGUUAUCAAGGCACUGAGAGAACCUGACAAUGUCGAGAUGAAUCUCGACUAUGCACACGCUCACGUUCCAGCCUCAGGGUCGACUUUGCUCCCGCGACCAGUCGCGUCGUUGAUAUCUUUGAUUACCCAGUCAACCUCGCUAUCGUUGCGAGUAGGCACAUUCUUUGGCGGGGCGGCCCUGGAUGGCGCGCGAGCCACGACUCUGACCAGCUUGGAACUAAGCCGGGCUUUGGUUGAGGGGAUCUUGACGAGGGCAGGACGUGAUGUCGCAAUUCGUAGUGGCGAUGAACACGGUAGGAUAGAAGCCGAGUCUCUGCUUGAGCGAAGUCUGGCGGCACUCCACACGACGGUGACCUCGGCAUCUUUUUUCGCCGCAGCGACAUUUCAUUUCUCAUCGACCACUUUGUCUUCGGUUGCAAAUCUCUCGCAGGCACUUCUGUCUACUUUGGAUGCCAUUCUCGGAUCCACCGAGUCUUCAAGGGCUAUUGCAGCUAUCAUCACGCUGAUUCGGCGUGAGUUUAGAUCCGCUGAGCCCGGCGCAAGUGCCCAGAAUAUCGGUGUUGGAGACCUCCUCAUUGGCUCUCUAGGCUUCGCACUAUUGCAGCGUUGGGGUAAGAAGAAUACCGAAAGACACCUACGGCAGAAUGGUGGGGAUGAGAUUGUUUGGGAUGUUGUCAUCCUGGACAACGGCGCAAGAGCAGACGUGAUCGGAUCCCAUCAACUGCAAUUACCCAACCGCAAUGAUGAAGAGUUGAUGGAGCCUGGCAGUGCUUCCUUUGUGACGCCUGGAAAUGGCGAGGAAGCCUUUGAUGUUGUCCGACGGUCGAGCACGUCUGAUUCGUUUGGGCAUCGUCUCUCUAUUCCAUUGGAUGGUCAGCAGCAGGUGUCCGAUGAGGACAUCCGCGCUUAUAUCAUGAGCCAACUUCCUCAGGGCUGUCACGCAUCUAUCAGAUCGGAAGUCUUGACGGCUCGAACGAUCACAGUUGAUAUCUUCGAUGAUGAGAUGGCAGAGAUCGCCGCCCCUCCUGGAACAAAGAUUGUAGAGGAGAGAUUCCACCAUGACCAUGAUUAUGGAGAUACCAAUACGGCCGAUGGCCAGCGACGGAUUCCCAAGCAUACAGUGGUGUUUAGGACAGCCUUCAACAAAUCCCAGAGCACGCAGCUGCGACCCUAUGACGGCUCUGGAAAUUUGGCCCUACCUGAGCCUGAUCAUCAUAAACGCGCAUUGCCGGCCAACCCGUUGUCCAAUAGUCCAAUGAAGUCUCAUCAUGACCAAUCGCGUCCGCAUCCCGAUGCCACACAGGGCAUUGCUCCCAAGCGCCGUGGUACGACUCCUAACUCGCCGAAUGAACCUCCUAAGUCUACACUUAAUAAAAGCACAUUCGCGAAAUUUGCACAAAAGGUUAAGCCAGCUGUUCUGGAAAAGAAUGAUGCCAAACGGCCACCAGGAAAGAAGCAACCUAUCGCCUCAUCCGGGCCUUCGGGGAUUCAGAGUCCUCGUCUACCUCCCAGGCCUAUUAAAGGAACAGCGUCUGUGAAGGAGGCGACUGUACGAGAGGUCUCCAGCAGACCCGCUCUCAAGAAGCGACAAACCGAACCUCUGAACCAUCGACCGACAACACCUGUCUCCAACCGGGGUUUACGAAGGUCGCCCUACCCAAGCUCCCCCCAAAGACAGUCGCCACAGUCGCAAACGAAACACGCCCCAUCUCACGAAAUACAUGUCUCCAGGGGCUCACGAGGGGGGCAUUUCGCGGUGCAAGAGAAGACCCAAGAGUCACUCCUCACUCAAACCGACACAUUCCUCUCACGCCGUGGUGCUGGUAUGCGUUCUGGAUCGCCUGCCGCAGCCCAAACUCACGUUCGUAGCAGCAGCUCCAUGUCUGUGACAAGAUCGGAAGCGGACGGGACUUUGUCUGCGAAUGAUAACCGCCCCAGUUCGUCAGCUAUGCAUCGCAGAUCCCAGUCAUACACCCCCAGCCUGUAUUCCCUAGCCACUGCGGGCUCUGAGACGUCACUGCUGCUUGCGCAUCGGCCUCGCAAAAGUGCGUAUGAAGACAUGGAAACCAUCCAAGCCCUCAAUCGCGACGGCUUCGUUCCAGGUAUCUUUCCAGAGAGACACUUUGUGCACAACAUUCGCCGGUUCUCCCGGUUCUCCUCUGCCUCAUAUGGCUCAAAUGCGCUCAUGGUCAUGGGUGUUCCUAGUGGUUCGAAGAAUAUACCCAGCACCAAGUCAGACGGCCACGAGCACAGUGCGUUCUCGGAGAAUGCAGGUCUCCCGCCAUCUACGAUCCUCCUAUCUUCAUUUGUCGACCCAGCCGGUGGCUCGAACGCAGCUGGUGAGACAGAGACGGGGUUCCCACUGGUCCACUAUCUUUCCAUCGACCAUGACUCCAAAGCCGUGGUUCUAACUCUACGAGGAACAUGGGGCUUCGAAGACAUCCUCACAGACAUGACCUGUGAUUACGAUGACCUCGAAUGGCAAGGCAAAAGCUGGAAGGUGCACAAAGGCAUGCACGCCUCAGCCAAGCGGCUCCUAGAGGGUGGCGGCGGCCGAGUCAUGAUCACCCUGCGUGCGGCACUAGAAGAAUUCCAAGACUACGGCAUAGUUCUAUGCGGGCAUUCGCUCGGUGGAGGCGUCGCAGCCCUUCUCGCAACCAUGAUCUCAGAACCCAAUCCCUCCACAACAGGCACAUCCUUUGUAACAGCCUCAUACCAACCAGCCACCCGUCCCCGUCUCCUGACCGCAGAUAGAGACCCCAGUCUCAACAUCCCGGACCCAAGCCUACCUACCUACACCCUCCCAGCAAACCGUCCAAUCCAUGUCUACGCCUACGGCCCCCCAGCCGUGAUGUCCCCCUUCCUCCGCCUCGCUACUCGAGGCUUAAUAACAACAAUCGUAAAUGGCUCAGACAUAGUCCCCAGCCUGUCGCUAGGCAUCCUGCACGACAUGCACACAGCGUCACUAUCCUUCAAGGACGACACCACGGGCGCCAAAGCGCACAUCCGCCAACGGGUCAGCGAUUCCCUCCGCCAAAGCAUCAUCCACAAGUUCUACGUGAAUCAGCCUCCCCUAGUCGUCAACGCGGGCGACGGCGUCGGCGAAGACGCGUGGGCCUGGAAGACAUUGAAACUGCUACGGGAUGAGAUGCGUGCGCCGAAACUAAUGCCGCCCGGUGAAGUCUUUGUCGUUGAGACGAUGCGGGUUCUGCAGCGGGAUGCGUUUACGGCGCCGGAACUCGGGGUCGAUGGGUGUCCGCGUCUUGGGAGGCCUGCCACUCGCGUGCAGAUUCGGUUCAUUCGGGAUGUUGAUGCUUGGUUUGGUGAGUUGCGCUUUGCUGGUGGCAUGUUGAGUGAUCAUAAUCCGGCGCGAUAUGAGACUAGUCUUGCUGCAUUGGUGAGGGGGGUUUUGGAUGAGUAG